AAAAAAAAAAAAAAAAAAAAAAAACAAUGUCUACCAUCUUUUUUCUUUUUAAAACUUUCUUCACUUUCUUCAAAAGUCUCGAAAAUAACACCUCCUCCUCCUUCUUCUUCUUCUUCUUCUUCUUCUUCUUCUUCUUUCUUUUAUCGCGAUCUCAACCAAUAAUGGGGUGUCAAGGUUUCUGGAAUUGUUUGCUGAAAUUGUUGAAUUUCUUAAUGACGAUUGUGGGAUUGGCAAUGGUGGGAUAUGGAAUUUACUUAUAUGUGAUGUAUAAGCAAGCAUCAUCGCCAGAUAUUGGUCCUCCACCAAUUAUUUCCGAGGAAACAAUGAUUCAGCUUGGUCGUCCUUUGAUCAUGUCCGUAUCUCUGUCGAACAGCUUUUUCGAUAAUCUUCCCAAGGCUUGGUUCAUAUACUUGUUUAUCAGUGUCGGAGCUGUUCUUUUUGUCAUGUCAUGCUUUGGUUGCAUUGGUGCUUCAACUAAAAAUGGAUGCUGUCUCUCUACCUAUGCUGUGUUCAUAAUUUUGUUGAUAUUGUUGGAACUUGGAGCUUCUGCGUUCAUAUUCUUCAACAAAGAUUGGCAAGAUCAAAUUCCUUAUGACAAAACUGGUAACUUUGAUAUGAUCUAUGAUUUCCUAGAGGGGCACUGGUCCAUUGCCAAGUGGGUUCUUCUUGGAAUUGUUAUUUUGGAGGCUGUGUUGUUCUUGAUAACCAUCAUUGUUAGAUCAAUGAGCAGGCCUGCUGAUUAUGACAGUGAUGAGGAGUUCAUUAAUCCCAGGCAGUCUAUUAAGCAGCCUCUUAUUAACAGACCACCACCUGCAACACCUGCGCCCGUUGCUGGUUCCCUUGAUCAGAGGCACAGCAGGAAUGAUGCUUGGAGUGCUCGUAUGAGAGAAAAGUAUGGCCUUGAUACGGCAGAGUUCACUUAUAACCCAGUCGAACCAGGACGAUACCAACAGCCAGCUACACAGCAGUUAGAGGAAAGAGGCCGCUGCACCAUCAUGUAAAUAAACGACCGUUCUCUGUGUUUCUGAACAAGUCCGGAAGAUCAUAGAAAUCAAGAUUGUCAAGAAUGAUGUGAAAAGGUCCUAAUUAUAUCAGAGCAAACUCAGUUUGGCUAGUGUGGUGUGUAAAAAUAUACCUUUUCAGGUCUUGUUUCUUCCAACUCACCUUCGACCCAGUGACUUUAUCUUUCGGUACAGUCCAUUUUGUGUGGACUUUGCACAUAAUUCUUGCAUAUGGUUGAUGUUUAGUCGUACUCUCUGAGCCUUCUGAUCUCAACUAACCAAGACAGUUAUAUAAG